UUCCAGAUAUUGGUUAUUGCCACGCUUCUACUCAUUUUUAGGCUCCUAAAACCCCACUCCAUCUUAUAUAUACCCUUCCCUUCCUCCUCUUUCUCCACACCAGGCAGAAGAACCGCAUUGCCGUAAUCCCAUCCUUAUUCUUGGAAAAGAUUAUCUAACCUUAAAAGAAGAUGACUAUUGUCGAAGAAAAGCCUCAACCUGCAACAGGAGCUGAGGAAAAGAAGCUCCCUAUCGACUUGGUGUCGAAUGCUGGAUUUGUUGUUCCUGGCAAUAACGCGUUUGGCAAUACUUUUAGGUACAUUUUUUUCCCCUUAGUUUGUCAGCCUCUCUGCUAUAUAUAUAAAUUCCCAUCAGUUUUUAACCCAGAGAGAGAGCAUUGCAGGGACUAUGAAGCCAAUUCAGAGAGGAAGGACACCGUCGAAGAGUUCUAUCGGAAGCAGCACAUGUAUCAAACGGUUGAAUUUGUAAAGAAGAUGAGGGAGGAGUAUGGCAAACUGAACAAAGCGGAGAUGAGUAUUUGGGAAUGCUGUGAGCUACUCAAUGAGUUUGUGGAUGAAAGCGAUCCCGAUCUCGAUGAACCUCAGAUCGAGCAUUUGCUCCAGACUGCUGAAGCUAUUAGGAAGGAUUAUCCUAAUGAAGAUUGGUUGCAUCUCACUGGCCUUAUACAUGAUCUGGGAAAAGUUCUUCUUCAUCCUAGCUUUGGACAACUUCCUCAAUGGGCCGUUGUUGGUGACACGUUCCCUGUGGGUUGUGCUUUUGACGAAUCCAACGUUCAUCAUAAGUUUUUUCAAGAGAAUCCUGACAACGACAAUCCUAAGUACAACACCAAGCACGGAAUCUACUCUGAAGGAUGUGGACUUGACAACGUAUUGAUGUCAUGGGGGCAUGAUGGUUAUAUGCACAUGGUGGCCAAGGAAAACAAAACUACUCUACCUUCAGCCGCAUUGUUCAUUAUCAGAUACCAUUCAUUCUAUCCACUGCACAAGGAACGGGCCUAUAAACACUUAAUGAAUGAGGAGGAUGAAGAAAAUCUGAAAUGGCUGAAAAUAUUCAACAAAUAUGACCUCUACAGCAAGAGCAAAGUUAGAAUUGACGUUGAGAAGUACUUCCCUGCCAAGCUGAGAUGGUGAAGCACAAAAUCCUACUCUAUUUGGUGGAUAAUAUAUUUCAUUAUCUUGUUCGAACCCAUGGCAGCUGGUGAAAGAAGAAGCAAUCUGUUUGAAAGCCAUAAUAAUAUGCUUCUUCUCUUUACUUUUCCUCCUCCUCUGUUUGAGAGUGAGAAAGUGGGGCAAAGAUCAGUAAUUAAUCCAUAAAAAAAUAAUUGUCCAGUCAUGUAAUUAAUCCAUGUUGAUGGAUUUAUGUAUAUUUUAAAUUAUCCAAUCUCUUUAGCUAUACUUGAGAAUCUUUUUAAGGGAAAAAUCUGAAUUUUUUCAAAAAUUUUAAUGAACUCGAAAUGAAAAAAGCUUACCAAGAUCUAAUCAUGGCAUGCGCAAUGCACUUUGAAAUAAAGAG